ACAAUCAACCAGGGCGGGCAACCCCGUUUGUAUCUCUGCCAAACAGUGUUGUAGCCUAUCUUUUUUUUUUAUAUUUCUCUUUCCUGGACUCAGAGGAUUUCUAACGAGGGGAUGUCAAAGCGGGUCCGAAGCAGAGAGGUCUGCGCUGAUUGCAGUGCUCCGGAGCCACGCUGGGCCUCUGUGAACAGGGGUGUGUUGAUCUGCGAUGAGUGCUGCAGCAUCCAUCGAGGUCUGGGGCGACACAGCUCUCAAGUCCGACAUCUGACUCACUCUUCAUGGCCACCCUCCCAGUUACAGAUGGUUCAGACACUGUAUGGAAAUGGAGCUAAUUCCAUUUGGGAGCACAGCCUUCUGGACCCUUCUUCUUCAGUGAGUGGGAAACGCAAAGCCAACCCCCAGGACAGAGUUCAUCCCAACAAGACAGAUUUCAUCAAAGCCAAAUAUCAGAUGUUGGUGUAUGUCCAUCGGAUGCCUUGUCGGGAGGAUGACAGUGUUACUGCAAAAGACCUCAGCAAGCAACUCCACUCCAGUGUUCGGACUGGAAACCUGGAGACCUGCCUCAGACUCUUAUCUUUGGGAGCACAGGCCAACUUCUUCCAUCCAGAGAAAGGAAACACUCCACUACACAUAGCAGCAAAAGCAGGACAAAUGCUACAAGCAGAACUGUUGGCAGUUUAUGGAGCUGAUCCCGGGGCUCUGGACUCCAGUGGAAAGACCCCUGUCGAUUAUGCAAGACAAGCUGGGCAUCAGGAUCUGGCGGAGAGGCUAGUGGAGAUACAGUAUGAACUCACUGACCGCUUAACAUUUUACCUUUGUGGAAGAAGACCAGAUCACAGAAACGGACAACACUUCAUCAUUCCACAGAUGGCAGACAGCCUGGAUUUGUCGGAGUUUGCAAAAGCUGCAAAGAAGAAGCUCCAGUCGCUAAGUAACCAUCAGUUUGAAGAACUUGCCAUGGAUGUUUACGAUGAAGUUGACAGAAGAGAAACAGAUGCAGUGUGGUUGGCCACGCAGAACCACAGCGCCCUUGUAACAGACACCACAGUUGUGCCUUUUCUGCCUGUCAAUCCAGAGUACUCGUCUACCAGAAACCAGGGUCGUCAAAAAUUGGCAAGGUUUAGUGCUCAUGAGUUUGCCACCCUGGUUAUUGAUAUUCUAACUGAUGCUAAACGACGGCAGUGGGGUAAUUCCUGCGACAGUCCCAAAGAGAGUGUGGAGCUGAUCCUUCAGGGAAUAGAAAGACGCCAUAACAGUGAAAGCCAGGACAAUGACCAGCCCGAUUACGACAGUGUGGCAUCAGAUGAAGAACCAGUGCAAGAGGCCACCUGUGGGGACAACUGCAAUGAUAGAAGGACCAAGAGCUCGGAGUCAUCCGACCUCUCUGAUGGACCGAUCACAGUGCAGGAAUUCAUGGAGGUGAAGAGUGCCCUCAAUGCAUCAGAGGCCAAAAUACAACAGCUUCUUAAAGUCAACUGUCACCUCAGUGAAGAGCUGCGUAGCAUGCAGAGCAAGCUGAACUCCCUGCAGACUGAAAACACAACACUGCGAUGGCCACCCCCCAGCGGACAACAACACCUCCAGGGGCCCCCGGGUCGACACCCACCCCGCGGAGGUCGCGCCAUGUCCAUGUAUGAGACGGGCUCUUCUCCGAGGCAGUUCCCCCACCGAGUCGAAGCGGCUCGACAAGAUGAUGGAGUCAUUUUACAACCCUUCCCCACCAAUAUUGGGAGGGGUCCUUUGGGGACGGCUGCUUCCUCCCUCCCUACCUUCCCCUCUUCCCUGUCCUGGUCCAGGGAUGAGCGAUCUCGAAGGGGCUGCAGUCUGGAAGGACAGAGUAUGAUGCUGGAGAGUGAUUACGACACAACGCCAAACCACUCUGAACUGGAGGAGACUGGCAGCCCUCUUCCAGCCUCUGAAGCCGUGGAGACGGGGGAGGAGGGGGAGGAAGAUGCCACACUGCCGUCCACAGAAGACGUCAUCUGUAAGACAGAGCAGAUCACUAAGAACAUACAGGAGCUUCUGAGAGCUGCACAGGAGACCAAACAUGAAAGCUUCCUGCCUUGUUCAGAAAAGAUCUGCAUGGCUGUGACAGAGAUGGCCGCCCUGUUUCCCAAGAGGCCGUCCUCGGAGACAGUGCGAGGGUCUCUGUGUCUGCUCACCUCGAGUGCCAGCCGUCUCCAUGGAGAAUGCCAGAAGGCCGCAGAGCACAGCCCCUGCGCGUCGGACAUCCAGCUGGUCACUCAGCAGGUCAUCCAGUGCGCCUAUGACAUUGCCAAAGCUGCCAAGCAACUUGUCACUGUGACAACCAAAGAAAACAACAACUAAAU